GAGAGAGAGAGAGAGAGAGAGAGAAUACAUACACAGAGCAUACAGAGAGAGAGAGAAUACACAGAGAAAAAGAGAGAGAGAGCAUACAGAGAGAGAGAAAAAAAGAGUGUCAGAGAGAAUACACACACAGAAUACACAUAGAGAGAGAAAGAGAGAGAGAGAGAGAGAAAGAGAGAGAGAGAGAGAAUAUACACAUACAGAAAGAGAGAGAGAAUACACACACAGAAAGAGAGAGAGUAAUAAUACGCUCAGCUCUCGUUUGUCACGGCCGUGUUGAUAAACACCGGACCCAAAAUUACACGUUGAAACUCAGCGAAAGUUGAGUAGAGGAGCCGGUUCAGUAAACCGAACUCUGUGUGUGUGAACGGUACCGAGUUUGGGUCACCGCGCGCUCCCUGUCCUGAGGGACGAGAGACACAGAGAGAGUAGCUAACCUACAGGAGAGAGAGAGAGAGAGAGGGAGCGCUUCGUUAUUACCGAGCAGAACUCGGAGCACUCGGAGCACUCGGAGCGCUCGGACACGGAGAUUAGGAAUUACGGACGGACUAAUCCACAGCAAAGUUUCGGGGUUUCGCGCUGUCCGUAACUUAAAUGUUGUGACGGGCGGGAGUCCCUGCUUGGCGAGAGUCGGCGCGGAGAGACGGGGAGAGCCCGGAGCUGCCGAACCCGAUGACUAGUGCAAACUGUAGCGGGAAUGAGGAGCUGGACUUCAGGCUGAUUUUCGGCGAGGACGGGCAGCAGCAGCAGCCGCAGCAGCCGCCUCUAGGCCCAGCAGAUCUGGAGCCGGAUGACAACACAUCCUUCUACAUCCUAAAUGUCGGUCAGCCUCCUUCACUGACCAACCAGUCCCUUGGUGUCCAGAGGCAUGGAGUCCAGCUGCACACACAGCCCCUGCAGCCGCUUCUCAAACCCUAUGAGCCCAUUUAUGACCCUCAUGACUCCAAAUAUCCCCUUACUGGAGGGGGAGGUGUUGGGGGAGGCGGAGGUGGCCCACCCAAGGCCUUCGAAUGCCCAAGCAUCCAGAUCACCUCCAUUUCCCCGAGCUGCCAGCAAGAGAUGGAAGUGAGCGAGGAUGAAAUGAGGGCAAAGGGUCCUGAUGGGGACUACCACGACCGCCCCCUCUCCCGGGAUCACCUGUACCUGCCGCUGGAUCACUCUUACCGGGACUCGUCGCUGAGCCCCAGCCCGUGCAGCAGCUUGUCUUCUCGCAGCUGGUUUUCAGAUGCUUCUUCGUGUGAGUCCAUCUCUCAUGUCUACGACGAUGUGGAGUCGGAGCUGAACGAGGCGGCAGCGCGGUUUACCCUCGGAUCACCCCUGGCAUCACCUGGUUGCUCUCCUCAGGGUGGCCCCAUGGAGGAACCAUGGCACCAGCAGCAGGCACAGCAGCAUCAUCACCAUCCAGCCUUCACUCACUCGCUCUCUCACCCUCACGCCCACUCCCUCUCACCCCGCGGCUCACCUUGCCACUCUCCACGGACAAGCGUGACCGACGAGAACUGGCUCAGCCCUCGUCCACCUUCACGCCCCUCCUCCCGGCCCACCUCGCCGUGCGGCAAGAGACGCCACUCCAGCGCCGACAUCUGCUACCCAGGUUCGCCACACCACUCCCCAACUCCCACGCCUGGGCCCUCGCCCCGGGGCAGCGUCACAGAGGACACAUGGAUCGGGAGUCCCUCCAUGGGCAUGUCACCCUUCCAGUGCUGCCCUGCAGACACAGACAUCCCCUCCAAGACCAGGAAGACAUCGCAGGACCGCACAGCUGUGAUGCAGUCUGGGAAGGGAGAACUCGCUCUAGACGAUUCGGGAAACGUGUCCCCACUGCUGGACUCCCCAGCUGAGGAAAGCAUGCACGGCUUGAAGAAGGACGGCCCUGGGGAGCAGUUUCUUUCUGUGCCCUCUCACUUCACCUGGAACAAACCCAAACCAGGACACACUCCUAUAUUCAGGACGUCAUCCCUGCCCCCGCUGGACUGGCCCUUACCAAGUCAAUACGGUCAGUUUGAGCUGAAGAUUGAGGUGCACCCCAAAGCCCACCACCGAGCACACUAUGAGACCGAGGGCAGCAGAGGAGCAGUUAAAGCAGCCUCCGGUGGACACCCCAUCGUCAAGCUCCUCGGAUAUAAUGAGAAGCCUGUAAACCUGCAGAUGUUCAUCGGCACGGCAGACGACCGGUAUUUGAGGCCGCACGCUUUUUACCAAGUUCACCGCAUCACCGGGAAAACAGUGGCUACAGCCAGCCAGGAAAUCCUGAUCACUAGCACCAAGGUUCUGGAGAUUCCACUCCUGCCUGAAAACAACAUGUCUGCCAGUAUUGACUGUGCUGGGAUUCUGAAGCUGAGGAACUCAGACAUCGAGCUGAGGAAAGGAGAGACGGACAUUGGGCGUAAGAACACUCGAGUGCGCGUGGUGUUCCGAGUGCAUAUCCCACAGCCCAAUGGAAAAGUGCUCUCUUUACAAGCUGCCUCUAUCCCUGUGGAGUGCUCCCAGCGUUCAGCACAGGAAUUGCCUCAGGUAGAGAAGGUGAAUUUGAGCAGUUGUCCUGUGAGUGGAGGAGAGGAGAUGGUCAUCACUGGUUCCAACUUUUUCCCAGAGUCAAAGGUCAUCUUCCUUGAGAAAGGUCCAGAUGGACGGCCGCAGUGGGAGGUGGAGGCGAAGAUUGUUCGUGAGAAGAGUCAAGGGUCGAGCAUCGUGGUGGAAGUGCCGCCGUACCACAGCAAGACGGUCUCCUCGGCUGUGCAGGUGCAGUUCUACGUGUGUAAUGGGAAGCGGAAAAGGAGCCAAUCACAACGAUUCACCUACCUGUCAGUCCUGGUUAAACAGGAGCACAGAGAAGAUCUGGACCCCUCCACCAUUCCAAACAUGCCCAUGCCCCUGGCGCACGCCGGCGGCCUGGUCCGUUCUCAGCCGCUGCCCUCCCCAGAUCACUCCCACCCGCAGGAUGGCCUUAUGUCCAGCUCUCCGCGCACCCUGGCCCCCGUCCUGCACCCGCUGCAGUCACCCUGCGCACCAAUGGGCUCCCCCACCUUCCCCCACCUGCCUCUUCACCUCCAACCCCGAGGCCUCCACCCGCCUCCGGAAUGCCAGAUGCCCUUCCACCCCACCCCGAGGGCGUCCUUCCCACCUCUUCAACACAACCUACCCUUCAACGGCCAGCCUGGUCUUCCCAUGCCUACCACAACCUCCCCUCAGGCCUACGAGCGCAUGCCGUUCCAGCCUGACCCGACCGGGUGCCACCCUCUAGGGAUGGGCAUGGUAUACGGGCCCCCUGUUUCGGCCCCAGCCACUGGAGCCGGGGGCCCGGCUUCGAGCCCCAGCCACGCAGCCUGUACCAGCAGUAGCCAGCCAAUGGCCCACUCCACUCCACACCUCCACUCCUUGGGCUACCACUGUCCCACCCCAGGCCAGCUGCCCUCUUCGCCCACCCAUGCCCUCGGGCAGCCGGCAGCACAGCAGCUUCAGCGGCCACUCGGCUACCACCCGGCUGGCCAGCGCUCCGCCUCCUGCCCCACGCCUUCCAGCGCACCUGCCGCGCGGAUGGUGCCUUCACCUCACUCGGGCCCUUCUUCACCCCAGCUCCACUCACUGCCCUACCAGUCUCCCACUUCACCCUCACCCACCAGCAGCCCUUUAGGUCCCCUCUCCCACUCGGGGCAGCCCUCACCUCAGGCCAGCAGCCCUGUACUGACCGGGUUACCCACCACCGGGCCUCUGGUGCACCCUCUGGCUCAGCAGCAGCAACAGCAGCAACAACAGCAGCAGCAGCAAAGCCCGUUCCCCACCGAGGGAGAAAGAGUGAACAUUAAGCAGGAACCCGAGGACAGAGAGCCCACCUUCCGCUCUAUUGGAUUGCAGGAUAUUACACUGGAUGAUGUGAAUGAAAUCAUUGGCAGAGACAUGUCUCAGGCUCCGGGGGUCCACGGCUCCUCGGCCGCGCACAGCCAGUCCUAGCCCACCGCCUGCUGCUGUGAACCCAGGCAGCAGAGUGUGUGAACGGAGCCGCAGCGCUUCCAUCCACCCGUCCAGCGAGGCCCCCUACGACCCAGGGACGUCCCGCCCUCGCUGGGGUCCGGCCGGGGCCCAGAAGACCUUCGCCACCACCAGACCCACCAGGCAUCACUUACUUACUUUUAUAAGUGAGAGGUCAUGAGAAGUUGUUUUUGGGGAGGAAAGAAAAAUCACACACACACACACAUACAUGUAUACACACACUCACAAAAACACAUGCAGAAAGGAUAAUACUGGUACAUGAUGUUCAUAAUGUGCAUAUUUCUCAGUCUGUAGCUUGAAUGAGUCAAGUCUCUCACUCUCUCGGCUUGUCUUUUUUUAAUAACCGUAGUUCUCAGGCUUUUUCUUCAAAUGACGAAGAUGUUUCAGAUCAGCCAUCGUAUGAAAAAACAGAGCAAGCUAUGCAGCCCACGGUCCUUAUAACAAGCGUAUGCAAUACAAACCCACCCACCUAUAUUUGAGACUGCAGAAUAUAGUCUGGGGCGUCUUGGGUUCAAAAGAAUUGGAUGGAAUUCAAUUCAAAGGAAUUCACCUACAUCUUUUUUCACCCAUUAAUAAAACCAGCCUGGACGCUCCCUCCUGAAAUCAGCAUGCUCUCAGUGGCGCCCCCUGGAGGAGAAGCCAGCGUGCUGCAGCAGACGUGCUAAUGAUAUGCAACAUUCCACACACUUCUCUAGUGUCGUUUUAUUGAGCUGUAGAUAAACCCGAAUUAUCCCCUUUCUCUUCUCCUCUUCAGGUUGAACAAAUGCCUUAUAAACUUAGCAGCUUGGAUCGACUGAAAAACAAAAAAGCUUUGAGUUUAAAUGUUUUAGUUUUUCUUCUGUCAAGUCUUCGUUUUUUUUUUGUUUUUUUCUUUCUCGAAGUUGAACUUUGUGCCGAAGUUUCAGCAGAAAAAAUCGUCUACAUCUAAAUCAGGUUUGCAUGUUUCCCCUCUCCCUAUUUUAGAGUUCCGUUACAGCUAUUCCGAGUGUAAUGAAGUGUGUGUUGGUCAAACAUUAGUAACAACGCAUCGCAACAGUGUACAGUAUAACGCAGCUGACUCAAAACUUCUUCUGUAGAGGUGCAUAAAAAAAAUAGAAAGAAAAAAAGAUCUAAAGUAGAGACUCGUUCAGUAAGCUGAUAACUCACUCCAAUGUGCCUUUCAAACGACAAUCACGCUCAGAUCUGACACGAAUGAUCCACACAGCGUCUUUCUUUAAACACGUCAUUAUUUGAGUGGUUUUCCAACGGUGGCCAUAUUAAAGUGGUUGAAAAGACUCUUCUCUUUCUCUUCGUCCUGCAAAAGGCUGCAUUCUGACAACUUUGACAAUCAACAGCUCUCUACUGCUCAGCCUGCUUUCCUGAAUGCCCUGAGACAUCAAAUUGCACUUUGUGUCCCAAAUGGACAUUUUAAGAGCUGAACCGAAACCAAAUUUUCAACUCCACAUGUUUAGAUUUCUAGUAGUACCCAAAGCAAGAAGUGAAUAAUGCAUUGUAGACAUUGUAGACAACAGUUUCAGCACCUUUUAUUGACUGUAAAUCUGAUGAAAGUCAGUGUUUGAGCUUAAUUACAGUUCUGUUCAAAAGUCAGAGACCACCCUUCAUUCUCAGAAUGAUCAAUGUAACGUUUAUCAGUUCAGUUUUCUAACUGUUUGAGGCUAAAAAGUAGCAAAUUGAUUGUAAAACUCUUUUUUUAUUUUUUUUUAGUAUAGUGGAAAAGAAAUGUUUUAUGGAUUUUUUUAGUUUCGUAUUUUUUAAUUUCUGUACCUCACAAUCAGAAUUUCAGAAAAAAAAUGCAUGUUUACUUGAUUUUUGUAGAUUUUCCAUGUUUGCAUCUUGUCACAAAAUUAAUUAAAUUAAUAUUAUACCAGCAGAUUUUUGUUAGAGGAUGCAAAAAUAGAAAAAUCUAAAAAAUUUAAAAGAUCUGAAUAUUAGUUUCCAACUAAAAACUGGAAAAAUUGAUAAAAACCCAUUUUAUCUUCAUUAUGCUAAAUGAAAAAAGAAAAUUUAAACUUCUACACAAUUUCCAAUUGUUGAAUUUAGCUUAGGUCAGAACGGUCAGAAAAUUAAACUGAUAAAUGUUACACUGACCCAAAAUGGUCGUUACUUACAAGCUAUUUAUUAAUCAAGGUUAAAAAAAAGCAGAAAACAUUUUUGACAGAAAAUUCCAAGAAUAAUUCAAUACAAUAUCAAAGGUUUAGUGUUUAAUAUAUCCACUGGUUUAUCUUCAUUUCAACAUUAAUUAUAUUUUUGAGAAAUUUCCACACCUCCCAAGUUUAAACAUUUCUGAUUCUCAAAAACCAAGUCAUUCAAAACAUGAAAAAUAUUAACUUUUUUCUCAUUCUCCCAAUUACAGUCAGUCUACCAUCAACACUAUUCUGAAGCUGUUAUUUUAGGGUUAAUUGCCACGUAAUGCUGCUUUAAGUGCUGUUUCUUUGAUGGUGCAGUGUUGGUGGUCUACCAAGUCAUGCAUGCAUGGUUGUUACAAAAAGCUAAAGGCAGUUACAAAAAGAAAAAAAAAUCAACAGGAAUUUCUAAAACCAUCAUUCAGUAAAUGGUUAAAACAUAAAAGAGAAAAUCUGCAUUCUUAGGCAAGUAGAUAUUGAUCUUGUUCUAGGACUGCACUGAAUAUUUGGCAUCCAAAAACAUUCAGUCAAAAAUGGUAAAAAGGAACAAAUUAUGACAAAAUGACUAAUUAAUUUUAGGUCAUAUUGCAGUAUUUCCUCUAAUUUAAGAGCUUUAGUUUAUUUUAAACAUUAGUAUCCACACAACCUAAAUUAUUUCAAGCUGAAAGAUACGAGCUGCACAGGGCUAGGAUAGUAACUUUAGCUGUGCUAGCUUAGUCUUAGCAUUUGACUGCCCUUCUCUGUGUAAAUGUCACUUGUAUCCUGAGUAGCACUGCUGAGGUACAUUUUUGAGUAGAAUAGAUUUACCUACUGAGGUAAAUGUAUUACUAAAAUUGCACUGCUGAAGUUGAAUUGUUGAAUUCAUGACUGAAACAGCAUGACUGCAAAUGAUUUUUUGCUUCGUUGGUUAGUCUGCAAGGAUAUUAUGUGUUCAGUAAAAACAGUAAAAAAGUUGCAGUUUAAAUAUACAAAAAAUAUGUCUAGGCUAUUUAAUUUAUUUAAUCUCUUCUUGUAUUUUAUUAAAAAAAUGUAUCAGAAAAAAGAGAAGCUUGUUCUUAAUGACCAUUUUGACUAGAAGUUCAUUUAAAAACAUGAAUGAAGGGUGGUUUCAAGAUCACGCAGCACUGUAUGGACAACAUGGCAAGUACAGCCAGCCCACAGGACACUGAGGGUCUGAGAACUAAUUUGAAAUUUUUACAUCAAGACUCUGAAAGGGUCUAAAAACUCUGGCUGAACUGACUGGGUGCUAUUUCUCUGUGAGAGCUUUACUUUGAGCAGAAUUACCUGUAUCUGGGUUUGAUGGAAACGACUCUGUGAGGAAUGGUAUUGGCUCCUUGCCUUAAGAAAUGCUCGGAUGUGAAUGGAAUAAGGAUGGUGUGUAUAUUUUUCUAUUUUAAGGAAACUGGUACAGCCACUUAACAGAUUUUCUUUUUUUUUGAGGUCUUUGAGACUUAGAGGUAUUACUGACUGUUGGUGAUUUAAGUGGAAAAAUGAAAAAGAGAGAUCUGCUAUGCACUAAAACCUGCCUGUUGCCUUUAAAAAACAGAAAAAGAAAAAAAUAAACCUUGAUGCCUCUAGACAUAGAUGCUAUAGAGCAGCUUUACUGUAGGAUAGUAUGCCAGGCUUUUUGUUUUCUACAUGAGAGGACUGUAUGUAUGUACAGUAUUAGUCAAAAGUUUGGACAAAUCUGUAUUUUGUAUUAUUUACUACAUUGUAAAUGAAUAUUAAAUACUUAAAAACUAUGAAGGACAUGUUUGGCCUUCAUAAACAUUCGAUAUGAACACCCAACCCAAAUGGUUUGGGACGAUUGAUUUGGAGAUCAGAGUGAAGGAAAAACAGUUAACUAUUAGAGCUCAGCACCUCUAGAACUCCUUUAAAACAGAUGGAGAACCACCACUGGCUGAGAGAAUCAGCCACGAGGGAGCAAAAUGUGCUAUGUAUUAAACAUAUUUGGCUUGAUUAACACUUGUUUAAUUUACUGUAUUUUUUGCACUAUAAGGCGCAUCGUAUUAUAAGGAGCACUAUCAAAAAAAAAAUCUAUUUUCUGGUCUGUUAAGGUGCAUUAUGCGACACUAGUAAGGAACAGGGGUGUCCCCAUGUUUUCCUUCUAAUUCAGCAGGUCUUGGACCUGGGUGGUGGAUAAUUAAAGCUAAGCUAAGCUAAGUAAACAAAACUGUAAUAAAAAAAAAACACCUUUUUUUCUUUUAAAGUCAAAUCCGCACUGGAUGUUAAUCUACACAGAUUCCUCUCCUCAAAACUGUUUAUUUGGGUGAGUAAAGUGCUUCCGUUUAUUCACAGUAAGCUUAGCAUUAGCAGCUAACAUCUACCACUAGCAGGACAUAACGCUGCCUGACAGCGCUACACUGAGGAACCCUGAGUGUUCUGGUAAGCCUGAGUGCUAUUAGCUAGCGGUUUGUCCCAUGUAGCUUGUUUUAACAAGGUAAACACACAGGUUACAGUCCAAUAUACUCACCUAUGGUUAAUGCUAAUGCUACUGCAGCAGUGCUAGCCAGGGUUAGCAGCAGGCUCCAGGCCGAUAAUACUUACCUCUGUAUAGCUAAUGCUAACACUCCUGGUAAAAAUUCAUACAUAAGGUGCACCGAAUUAUAUAGCACUGUAGAUUUUUGGGAAAAUUAAAGGAUUUUAGGUGGGCCUUAUAGUGCAAAAAAUAUCAAUCAAACAAUAAAAAUAAAGAAAAAUAUGUGUCCAAACAUUUGACUGGUACUGUGUAUGUGUGUUUGUGUGUGUGUGUACUCCUGCCUUUUAAAGGCCUAGAGAGAUUGUCUUAACUGUGUGUGUGUUUAAAUGUGUAUGAGCAUGUUUGUGUCAGCGAGUAUCCGUUAACCUGUAGGAAAACUCUUUAAAAUAAAAGUUCAACAAAUUAUAUAAAAUAAAAUGACCACUUUGGUUGUAUGAGGAUCCAUUUUUCAAGUGCGAAGAACCAUUUUUACUUAUUUUUUAAAUAUUUGUUUAUGGAACCAAAAGUGGUUCUUCUGUAGGGCUUUUAUUUUGAAGAGAUGAGUGUAGUGGUUGUUUGAAACUCCUGUUUAAAUUUCAGUGGAAAGCACAUUCAGAUGCGUUCAGGCUAUGCAAAGACAGACAGUAGAGUGAAGACGCAAUAUCUGGCAUCAAAUAGAAGUAGCAGAUAUGUUUGUUAUUCAGCUCUUGCAUUUAUACAUAAAGUCUCUAUAUAUAAAUAUAAAUAAAUAUAUAUAUGUAGUUCUUUGGUGUAUGUAAACCCAUGUAAUGACAGGUGAUUUCAGCGCCACUCUGACUAUUUAAUUUAAACUAUUUUACAGUAGGAAAGCCUUAACUUGUGUUUGCUCUACAGACGUGGUUUGAAUGUUUGGGUUUGAUAUAGGAAAUAGCGAUUUCUAAUUCAUCUGCAAUAGGAGGGCAAAGCGAGGAAAAACCUGGGAAUUCUGGGACUGAAACCAGCGCUCCCGCCAAGCACACGCUUUCGUUCCCCUUCUUCAAAACCAAAGACCGAACAACGUGUUCCCACUUUACACACAGAUGACAACACAGACUCUAGAACUCUAUUUUUGAUACUCUGAAAUGAUGGAUGUCAUUCCUAAAGCUGGGGGGAAAUACACGUAUAUAUAUAAUUUUGUAAAGUAAAAUUAUAUAUAUAUAUAAUUUUGUAAAAUAAAAGGGAAAUACAAGUUGAGCUGCUGUUUACAGAGCCUUGUAUUGUCAUUUCUUGUACAUUUUGUAUUUUAAACCUUUUGUAAUUUUUAAGACUGCAGUGCUUUUUGAAAUUAUCCAAAUGGAAAACUUUGCAUUCUAGGCUCUUCUGAUGUAGUGUAUCAAUAAAAAAAAAACUAAAGAAACAAACAAA